GUUCCCGACCAUGCCUCCUCCCUUCCCGUUCCCAGAUAAAAAGCCCCCUCCCAUGGUUGGUGGACGUCGCGUCGUCAUCCCAAUUUGAAAAGGCUUCCCGGCGCGCGCAGCACUCGCUCGUCGAUCGAUCCGUCGGGCCGGCCCAAGCUUCGUCGGCCGUGCGUACGUACUCGCGCCAUGGACGCCGCCGCGUUGGCUGACCUUGAUGAUCUCGACUUCGAUUUGGGUUCCCUGGACGGGUUCCAGUGCUUCAACUUCGAGUUCGACCAGCCGGACUACCUCCCCGAGUUCUGCGGCGAUGGUGGGUGUUUACUGCCCGCUGUGUCCGAUAAGGAGGGCGGUUUGUGUUUAAGUUUGGGUUCUCGUGAUGGUGACGGCGGGAGGGAGAGCUCGCCGGACUCCGUGGUGACGGAUGACGGCGCGCCGCCUAGGUCGUCCGGGGAUCACGACGAUGGCGAGAUGUCGGCGUAUGUGAGCGAUCUGAAGAGGUUUCUCUUGGAGGAUGACGACGAGGCCGGAGGGUUGUUCGCGGCGAAGGAUCUUCCCACCAACGGCCACUUCUUCAACGAUCUCGUUAUUCCUUACGUCGAGCCGUCGACUGCACCCGAGGAGUUUGCCACCGCUGACCACUUCUUCGGCGAUCUCGACGACGGUCACGCCGAGCCGGCGGCUCCAGGGAAGGAUCUCGUCGCCGAAGAAUACUUCUUCAGCGAUCUCGCUUACAUCGUGCCGUCCACUGCAGGGGAGGAUCCCGUCUCCGACGGCUACUUCUACGAUGUUGCUGUUGCGAACGACGGCUGCGUCGAGCCGGCGGCUAAGGCCAGCGUGGAAGAUGCUGCGUCGGCGACGGAGGAUGAGUUCGCUGCUGCCGGCGAGUACGACGAUGAAGCGUCCUCGAGGAAGCGCGCAAGGCAGAGGAAGGACACCGCCGCGGUGCCACGCGAAGCAGAGCUGCGGGCAACGCCGAGGACGCGUGCCAUGUCGUCGAUCGGGUGCCGGCGCCUUGGCCACCACCGGUUGCCUCCCUGCGUCACAAUGUGCAUCUCGGCCUGAUCGAUCGAUUGGUUUGGGGAGGAAAAAUGGCUCUCACCGCACGCACGGUAUUCGAACAGGUAGGUGAAAGGUUCAGAGGAACAUGGCAUUUCGAACAGGUAGGUGAAAGGUUCAGAGGAACAUGGCAUUUCCCGUGUUCUUUUAUGAUAUUUUACCUCUGCCUGCUGAGGUCCAAGUCCAAUGGACGGAAAAAAUCCAAUGCAUGGCUGAACCGAGGGCUGUACCACAGUCCACGCACAAGAAAAUAAUAAAAUCUAAACAAUCGAUGACUAUUUUUACAGCAACGAACGAACAAGUUGUCUUCAAGAGAAAUAAAAUGUUCUGCGUUUAGUCUUUUUGUCAUGCCUUCUAUUCUUUCUCUUUGCUAUCAUUUUUUGAUAACUCUCUUUGCUAUCAUUUGUGUUUUAUAAUGGGCCCCAUGCCACGUUUUCGGUACUACAACAUAGCCUUGACCGGAGAUGCUACACUGUGCGAAGCGAGAUUUUUUUUUUUUUUUUUUUUUUUUUUGCGAAUAGCGAAGCGAGAAUUCUUGACGCUUCAUAUUUCAUACUCAAAUAUGAACCAGGUCAUGAUUCAAUCACACAUGGAGCUAUUUUUUUGUAAUUACACUUGUGCGUAUUUACGAGUUAUUUAUUCAAAACCAUCAUACUUGGGACCAAUGGCGAAUCUAGGAUUUUAGAUUAGGGUAUGCCGGCCAAAAAAAAUUCACACAUGAUAAGGCUUAAAUUCAUGGAUUAAGCUGAAACCAUCCACUAAAUACAAUAUAAGUAGUUCAAAAAUCAUACCGAUAAUUAAAAUAUCGGUAUACAUGUGAACUAGAGACUUACAGUGUUAUUUUUAUGACUAUUUUAUUCGACGUUUUCGAAGGGACAUAAAUGUCUUGAUAAUAUCAUCUUCAUCAACUUGAAAGAAAAUAUCCCGCUCAAUAAAAGUGACUAGACAAUCAUCCAAAAGACUAUCCCCAUCUUAUUUCGUAACUUGGUUUUCACUAAAACCAUUGCAGAAAAUACCCUUUCAACACUUGUUGUUGCCACUGGUAGAAGCAAUACCAAUUUGAGGAGCUCAUAAACCAAAGCAUACACUUUGUGCCUCUUUGUUUGUACAAGCUUAACUGAGAGAUCAACAAUAUUGUUUAGACCUUUGAAUCUAUCAUCCUAUCUCAUGCCAUCAAUAUAAUUACGUAGCUGCAAUUCAAGCAUGAGCAAAUUAUUAUUUAAGAAUUCCUUUGGAUAGAACUCAGCUAGUCUGCGUAGCUUCUGUAUAUCAAAAGAAUCAAAUGAAUUAGAAGGAUUGCAGGCUCACAUGCAAGACAACAACUCCAUAUUAAUCUCGUCAAACCUGUUAUCAAGUUCUUGACUUAUUUGAUCAAUAACACCAAUAUAUGCUUCUCUUCUAAAGUGGUCAUCAUUGGUUUGCUUUCGAGCACGAGCUUUCCUUGUUGAUUUGUCAUAAGGAACAUAAUCACCAUCCAUAACAGGAACAUCAACACCAUGUUUGUCACAAAAUGAAGUGACCUUCUCAAGAAAAUUAUCCCAACCAUCACACCUCAAUUCUUGCAUUCUUUUCUUUGCCACAUUAACAAGUGAUAUUGCAUUAAGAAUAUCUUGCUCCCUUCUUUGCAAACACUCUGAUAACUCAUUUGUGUAUCCAAGAAUAAUAUACAUCAAGUGUGCAAAGAAAACAAAUUCAAAGGUCUCAAAUGCUCCAAGCACAAAAUCUAUUUUGGUCCAAUCAUCCUUAUAUGAAGGAUCAUCCCCAAGAUCUACUAGUACAUCAUGGAUUGCUUCAUACAUACUAAUGACGCUGCACACAGUUUUGUAAUGAGAUCCCCGUCGAGUAUCCCCGGGCCUAGGCAAACUCAUCUCUUGAUGUAAUCCACUUUCAGAUUCAAUCUCACCACAAUCAAGUGCUUUCUUGUCAUUCUCAAGCCUAGCA